GAAUAAAAAGUGCAGCAAACUUCAGACUCAUUGACUGCAGGCUUAACAAGCGCCGGGGCUUUUCUUCUCUCCACAGCUUGCAAGGAUCUCUGUUUUUUUGCAAAACAAUUCUGAGAAAACAAUGGCCAGCUUCUACGUAUGGGUAACUUUUGGAUUAUGUUUGCUGAAGCUUUGUCUAACAGAGACACAAUUCAAUGUAAGUUGCAGAUAUAGAGGAGUUUUUCAUGUGGAAAAAAAUGGUCGCUACAGUCUCACACGAACUGAAGCAGCUGACCUUUGCAGAGCUCUCAAUAGUACCUUGUCAACACUAGAACAGUUGGAAAAAGCUCACGAACUUGGAUUUGAAACUUGCAGGUAUGGUUUUAUAGUGGGGCAUAUUGCUAUCCCACGAAUCAAUCCCUAUCAUCUUUGUGCAGCAAAUCAUACUGGAAUUUAUAAACUUUCAGCAAAUACAACAGGCCGUUAUGAUGCGUAUUGUUACAAUGCAACAGAAACAAGGGACAAAGCAUGUGAGCCAAUUGAAAGAAUAGACACUUCUUUUCUCAAUAAUCAGAGUGAAAUAGUCAUUGACAAUGAAGAUGGCUCACGUUAUAAUGCAGAUGGCACACGUCAUAGUGGAGACUCCUCAACCUCAGGUGUGGAUGAUGAAAAUGUAGGUAGUGGAUCAUCACAUGACACAACUCCAGUGGAUACCUCCAUCAGGAGAUCCAGUCCCUCGUAUUAUGGAAGUGUUACUCCAGUCUCACAUCUGUCAGAUCAUUCUUCUGGAGGAGGUGAAAAGGAUUUUCCUGUCAAAAAUUCUGAUGAUGAAAUUUCUCCUACAUCAACUGAUAUCUCUUUGGUGACGGGAUUUAAUGAUUUCGCCAAAGAAGAUGAUGAAUGGCAUCGUGGAAGUACUACUCCGGGGCCUCAUCGUGUUCACCUGGAGAAAACUACCACCCAAACUUGGUGGAAUCCGUUUUCAAACGAGUGGUGGUGGUCAAAUCCCAGAGAGAAGACACAAGAACCCACGCAGACAACAAGGGCAGAUGUGACCUCAAGCGGCAAUGGUUCAGAUGAUGAAGACUCUUCGGAGGAGACGACUUACCCUACGGUGUUUCCAGGAUGGGACAUAAGUGUGGCCAAGAAAGAGUAUGCUCCAAGUACUACUCCGGGGCCUCAUCGUGUUCACCUGGAGAAAACUACCACCCAAACUUGGUGGAAUCCGUUUUCAAACGAGUGGUGGUGGUCAAAUCCCAGAGAGAAGACACAAGAACCCACGCAGACAACAAGGGCAGAUGUGACCUCAAGCGGCAAUGGUUCAGAUGAUGAAGACUCUUCGGAGGAGACGACUUACCCUACGGUGUUUCCAGGAUGGGACAUAAGUGUGGCCAAGAAAGAGUAUGCUCCAAGUACUACAGAUGUGACCUCAAGCGGCAAUGGUUCAGAUGAUGAAGACUCUUCGGAGGAGACGACUUACCCUACGGUGUUUCCAGGAUGGGACAUAAGUGUGGCCAAGAAAGAGUAUGCUCCAAGUACUACUAUGGACUUGCAACAUGGAGUGCUUCUGGAAAUCUCCACACAAGAUCAUUGGAACCCCUCUUAUACAGAUGAAGAGGAGCAAUAUCCUAGCUCUGCGGGCAGGGCACUAGUUACAAGUGAAAAUGAAAAACGUCAAGGACCAACCCAACAUCCACUGUUACACAGUGCCCAUUCUGGAUGGAUCAGUCAAGCACAAAACCCUGCAAAUACAACUGGGAGUACUGAACAUCAAGAAUUUACUCUUCCAGGUGAAAAUGAUAUUGAAAAGAAAACUUCUUAUACAGCUAUGGCCUCCAGUCAUGGGGCCAGACAGAAUGACUCAGCGCAAGACCCAUUGGUGUAUCCAGGUUGGGACAAGGGAGAGGAUUAUUCCACACAAGCCCCUGUAAUGGAUAGAAUUAUUCCUUCCAGAGAAAGUAAUCACGAAAAAGAGUCUUCCAAUACAGCUCUUGCCACUCCUGAUGGUGCUUAUCAUGAAGACUCAACGCAGCCACCUCUGUCUUCAGGCAAUGAAGCAGGAUGGGGUACUGAAGGCAUCACACAUCCCACAGAUGCCCCUGGGGGUGAGGUCCUCCACGGGCUGAAUCCUGCUAGUACGAACGAAGCUGAAGAUGACUCUCUCCUGAUGGGUACCAUCACAGAGUCCGCGGAUGUUGUCAGCCGAGAGGAAGCUACCAAAGAGCCGUUGGCACCCAGCACUCAGCCUGGAAGUGAAAGUGAACAAGCAAAUACCACAGACGGCUCUUAUGUCAAUUUGGUACCUGGAGUUUUUUCAGACAUUGAUGAUCGUCACAAUCAAUUACAGACCCCUCUUCCUCCUACUCUUGCCACUCCUGAUGGUGCUUAUCAUGAAGACUCAACGCAGCCACCUCUGUCUUCAGGCAAUGAAGCAGGAUGGGGCACUGAAGGCAUCACACAUCCCACAGAUGCCCCUGGGGGUGAGGUCCUCCACGGGCUGAAUCCUGCUAGUACGAACGAAGCUGAAGAUGACUCUCUCCUGAUGGGUACCACAGUAACAGCCAGCAUUGAUGUUCUGGAACCAGAAGAUGUAACCCAGGAAGUGUGGGCACCUCGAGUCAUCGUAACAGCUCUUGCCACUCCUGAUGGUGCUUAUCAUGAAGACUCAACGCAGCCACCUCUGUCUUCAGGCAAUGAAGCAGGAUGGGGCACUGAAGGCAUCACACAUCCCACAGAUGCCCCUGGGGGUGAGGUCCUCCACGGGCUGAAUCCUGCUAGUACGAACGAAGCUGAAGAUGACUCUCUCCUGAUGGGUACCAGAUCUACAUCCAUUAUAGAUGGUGAUCAUGGAUCACGCAAGGGAAAUGUUGAACCCACUUCCAACCCUGGAGAGAACGCAACAACAACAAUAACGUCACAACCAAGGUCAGCCCAGGUACCAGAAUGGCUGAUCAUCGUUGCUGCUCUCUUGGCACUGGCGUUGAUCCUUGCAGUGUGCAUCGCCGUCAGCAGUCGGAGGAGAUGUGGGCAGAAGAAAAAGCUCGUGAUCAAUAACGGCAAAGGUGCAGUGGAGGACAGGAAGACGAGUGAAUUAAAUGGGGAUGCCAGCAAAUCACAAGAAAUGGUGCACUUGGUUCACAAAGAACAGUCAAAUGACCGAACAGGAGCAUCUGACGAAUUCCUCACCAUUGACGAAACACAAAAUCAUCAGGAGCUGGAUAUGAAGAGUGGAGUGUAAUGGUACCAACUCACCAAGUAGAUCAGAGCUGGGGAAAUCAAAAUCACAUGGAACUUGGGCCAGAAUUCACAGAUGCACUGUGCUACUGAUGUCUUUUGAACACGAUUAAACUUAAGUUGUCUUCAUUUUUAAUCAUUUUAAAAUGAUGUCUGAGUUACAAAAUUGACAUUUGCUAUCUGAAAUAAGCCCCAAGAGUUGCAUAAAUUCGUCAGUUCCCAAUUCCUACACAGAGGACACUUACUGUGUCCUGGGUAUAUCAUUGAUCCCCAGAUACAGUGUCUUCGCUGUGCGGAGCUACAGAAGUAUCCAGUUGCUCCAUCUUACAGGUAUUUAAGGUACUAAACUUGUCAUGGUACAAGAGUAAGCAAGCAACAAAUGUCGAGCAAAAAAAAAAAGAAGCUUAAACCAAAAAGGCCUCCUAUACAAUGUCUAAAACAGCAGAAUCUAUCAGAAAUGCCUUACAGCCAGGAAGAGCAGUAGGUGCAUUGAAAGUCUGCCAGUAAAAUCAAAAAGUGACGUUUUAUAAUGAUUUAUGACUUAUUCUGUAACAAGGAAAACCCAGAAGGACAAAUCUUAUUUAUCAUUGUUUUAAAAUGUCUGUGGGCAUACAGCAAGUCUUUUUGGGAGGGGGAAUAAAAAGAUGAAAACAUGAGAUGAUACAUAAUAAAUAUCAUUACUUUAUUAUCUUAACAAUCUGUACAGUUAUCCUUGAGUUUUUGAAGAGUUAUCCUUGAGUUUUUGAAGUGUUCAUUGCUCUUCCCCCUCCCUCCUUCAUUGGUCCCAGUUUGUGUAUGUUUUUAAUGAGUCUGUUAGUUAGUAUAAUUAAUAAAACAGAAUGACCCCAGCUCUAUUGUGCAUGCACAAAUCAAGGAAUUUGAAAUCAUCAGCAAUGAUGACAGUAUUUUUAUUCCUGAAGAAUAGGUCUUUACCUUCCCCUGCUCAAUCGUACUUAGGAGACGCUGAGCCUAGUAAAGCUUGUUUCCCCUGUAACUGUUGCGUUACACCAGUUUGCUGAUAUUUUAAAAGUUACCUUUCUAUGGUCUCACUCACUUCUGAAUUCUAUUUUCUCCACAUUUUAUUUCUUCUUUUUAAAAAUACCAAAACAAAUACUGCUUGUUUACUGGUACCAGAAGUUGAAAUUCUACAGAAAAGAUCAAAGAGAUUUAAAGGAAAUUCUCCCAGCAAUGUAAUAUAGUAAAAUAGCUGCAGCUGCAUUGUCAUAUGCUUUUGUUUUGUCAUUGUAUGUCUAUUAUGUAAAGUAUUUGUAUUAAGCUAUGAUGCUGUGCAUUAUAUUGAUAUGAACUGCCAGAAAGAAAAUUAUUUACUACCAGUGGUCUGUGCCAUUUUUAAGAAAGCAUAUUGGAAUGGAGGGCGAAUUGUAACUUCUAAUCGGGCUGCCCCAAAAAAAUGCAAGCAAAAUCAACCAGAGGUAAUAGCAUACAGUGAGGUGUGUCAGCUGUGGGAUGGGGAAUACCAAGAGAAGUCCAUUCAGAUGUUCCUGUUCACUGACCAUAGCGCCUUCAUUGGAAAACACCGUUCUGCUAAUGCAUAUUAUUUUAUGUUCUCCAUCUGAAGCAAUUGGAGGAUGAGUAUUCAGCUGGCUAAAUAUUAACAUUAUCUAGCACUGAUCUUUACUGGAAUACGAAGCACAAUCAAAAUAGUGUUUAUGGUUCUCAGUUACAGCCCUUCAGCAGUUUCCCAAGCGUUUCAUUGAGUUGCUUAGUGCCCUAGUAUCUGCAGGCAGAUCUCCUCAGGGAAAAUGUACACUUGGGCAAAAGGCCCCAGGACAAGAUGUGAUUUCAGAGUACACGUAGGACAUUUUCUGACUCCAUGUAUGUAAAGAUGUCUCAUCUAUGAGCAGUCACACAGCUCCAAAGGUGUUCAAACAAGCUGAAGCCAAUAAGGUCAAGGUGACUAACACUAUCAGUAUAUGUGGUCCAUUGUCAAAUUUCUCAGCCCUGCCAUAAGCACAUAUUUUAAUUCUGAGCUGUGUUGUGGGAAGUUUGUUGACUCUACAUUGAUUUUUAAUUCCCAUAAUGUUUUUAAGCAAGCUUUUCUUUUUCUCAUUAUAAAUCAAUAAUGUGUAAUUAUAUACUCUUUUCACUAAGUGUGGAGAUCCAGAAUAAGAACUUUGACUCUCUUUAAAUCCCAAUUGAAUAUAAGCCACAAUCAAAAGGAGAUUUUUCACUGUCUUGAAGGAUAAAGUUUUCUUUUUUUUAAAAAAAAAAAAAAAAAGUGGGAGAGAGAUUAUUCAUCUCCCUACUGAGAUGUUCAAUGGAGAAAUUUAUCUAAUGUUCAGUAACUAUAAAUGCAUGGACAACACUGGUUGGCUUCUUUUUAUAUUUUUAAAUAGGGAGAUGCUCAAUUUCUCUUUAAAAAGGCAGUGCCAUUAUUUUAUGUACACUGAUUCUUUUUAGAUUAUGUCAUGCAACUGAAGUGCAAUUAAGUUUCAUUGUAGUUUCAAAACUAGAUGGCCAUUUCAUAUAUGUAAUACAGUACAUAUUUUUAUUAAUCUUGUUUUUUAUUAUUUCAGGGGUUGCUUGUUGUGUGUAUGUGUUUUUUAUACAGAGCACUAGAUAUAUUUGCGUAUUUAUUUAACAGAUUAAUCAAAAAGAAAGAAAAUAACACCUCUAAAUUGUAAUUAGAAAUAACAUUGCUAAAAAAAAAAAUAUGUAAAUAAGCUUCCAAAAAUAAACUUGACUCCACCUUGAGCAUAAAAAUUAAGGUUAAAGUUACUAGUGGGAGAGAGGAUGCAUACGGCAGGGUAGUAAUAUAUAGCCGUGGCGAGCCAGAGGUCAGUUCUGCUUGCAAGCUGCAAGCCAAACUCAGCUGAAGGCUGCAGGACCUUGCAGCACCCACGGGCUCCCCAGCUGCUCUGGGGGUUAGCGACAAGUUCAGCUCCCCUCGGAGCUGAAUAUCUCUGGGAUAUCUCAGUCCAAGUUAAGAUCAACCCAGUAAGACAGAAGUAAUGUUUAAAGCAGUACGUAUAUUUAAAAGAGAGGUUGUAUGUUUUAUGAGAAUGUAAUAUUUCCGUCGAACAGUCCGGGGUGAUUGCUUCACCUGUAUUUUCUUGAAGCUCUUACAAGGAAUGUUUGAUUAAAGCAGUGAAAGGAUGUGCAGCC